AUGACACUAAGCUUUUUUGACCAAUUUAUUAGUCCCAUAUUUUUAGGUAUCCCACUAAUAGCUUUAGCUAUUUUACUACCUUGAAUCAUAUUCCCAGCCCCCUCUUCUCGUUGAAUAAACAACCGCCUCCUUACAUUACAAAACUGGUUUAUUAACCUAUUCACAAAACAACUUCUACUUCCCUUAAAUACUUCAGGUCAUAAAUGAGCACUAAUCUUAGCCUCAUUAAUAAUCUUCCUGAUUUCUUUAAAUAUACUCGGACUACUUCCUUACACUUUUACUCCUACAACUCAACUCUCCUUAAACAUAGGAUUAGCUGUACCAUUAUGACUAGCAACUGUUAUUAUCGGGAUGCGAAACCAACCCACACACUCCUUAGGCCACCUAUUGCCAGAAGGCACACCUGUAUUACUAAUCCCUGUGCUUAUUAUUAUUGAAACAAUUAGCCUAUUUAUUCGACCUGUUGCCCUGGGUGUCCGACUAACAGCAAAUUUAACCGCGGGGCACCUAUUAAUCCAGCUUAUUGCAACAGCAGCAUUUGUCCUUAUACCCCUAAUACCCACAGUGGCAUUACUAACAACAAUUUUAUUAUUCUUGCUUACAUUGUUAGAAGUAGCUGUUGCUAUAAUUCAAGCUUAUGUAUUCGUAUUACUACUAAGUCUUUAUUUACAAGAAAACGUUUAA